CUGAUGACGUCAUCACCAAGAUGGCGGUCCCGGUACGAGUUUUGCGGCAGAAAAACUUCAUUUUCCAGUUUGCAGCGGCGCUGAGCUUCGCACCACGCGUUGUACUCGCUAACCAGGUCUGUACGUCAGGAACACAUGACUGUGAUGAGGUGAGUAAAGCUCAGGCAGCUGCCGAGGCAAGACAGAAGUACGGGAACCCGGAGCCAACCAUCUUCAGCAAGAUUCUGGACGGGUCCAUUCCAGCAGACAUCAUACAUGAAGAUGACAAGUGCAUAGCCUUCCGGGAUGUGAGCCCACAGGCACCAAAACACUUCCUGGUCAUCCCCAGGACUCCCAUCCCACAACUUAGCAUGGCACAGGACGACGACUCACAGCUUCUUGGCCACCUGCUAAAUGUGGCAAGAAAGACAGCUGCGAAGGAAGGGCUGGACAAUGGGUACAGAGUAGUUAUCAAUGAUGGCAAAGAUGGCUCCCAGUCAGUCUACCACCUCCACAUCCACGUACUGGGGGGCAGGCAGAUGGGCUGGCCUCCAGGAUAGACUUCUACUGUUCCCGUGGCAACUGGGAGGGUUCUUAUUGUUC